UCUACUUAUCGUUGUUAAUCCGCAGUGAUCGAAAUUUUAAUCACAGCUGAGAACAAAUAAUUGACUAAAAAACAAAUACUUCAUACUAAGCGUUUUUGAGCGGGACACCACAGAGGAAGUAAUCCCAGAAACUUAAAAAAAACUCUGCCGGUCUUUUGUGUCCGGUGUGUCGCGGACAAAAAAUCGAGCGCUCCCAAGCUAACGCGGGAAACGCUGUUGUGUUGGUUCAGUGUUUCCACGGAGGAGCUGCAGCCGCGGCGGUCCACAUCGGUAAUACUCAUCAGCGGAAACAAUCAAUGCGCUUUCUUUCAUUUUGAGCAACUUCGCUCCGACUCGAGAGCGACUGUCCUCGACGGGGCCCGCCGGUCAGGACACCGAGUCGUCGGAAGCGUCUGAAGUUCGGCCGGAGGAGCCGUUAGGUUCACGCGGGUCCGCGCGGCUCGCCUGGCUCGUUAGCUCCCAGCACAAAGACGCUAAAGCAGUGGCCCCGCAGCUCACGGCGACGGCAGGCAUGGAUUCGUUUCAGAAGGUGGAGAAGAUAGGAGAGGGCACGUACGGAGUCGUCUACAAGGCCAAGAACAAAGUGACCGGAGAAACCGUCGCUCUGAAGAAAAUCAGGCUCGACGCGGAAACGGAGGGCGUACCAAGCACAGCCAUCAGAGAGAUUUCUCUUCUAAAAGAGCUCAGUCACCCAAACAUUGUCAAAUUGCGGGACGUCAUUCACACCGAGAACAAACUCUACUUGGUUUUUGAGUUUCUUCAUCAGGAUCUAAAGAAGUUCAUGGACUCUUCCUCAGUCACUGGCAUCCCGCUGCCUCUGGUUAAGAGUUAUCUUUUCCAGUUGCUUCAAGGCCUGGCCUUCUGCCACUCUCACCGAGUUCUCCACCGAGACCUGAAGCCUCAGAACCUCCUCAUCAACGCGCAGGGUGAAAUCAAGCUGGCCGACUUUGGUCUGGCCAGAGCCUUCGGAGUACCUGUACGCACAUACACACACGAGGUGGUCACACUUUGGUACAGAGCGCCGGAGAUUCUGCUGGGCUGCAAGUACUACUCGACAGGUGUCGACAUCUGGAGUCUGGGGUGCAUCUUCGCAGAAAUGAUCACCAGGAGGGCUCUGUUUCCCGGGGACUCGGAGAUCGAUCAGUUAUUCCGGAUCUUCCGUACCUUGGGGACCCCCGACGAGACCGUCUGGCCUGGAGUUACAUCCAUGCCUGACUACAAACCGUCCUUCCCCAAAUGGAUUCGACAGGAGCUGUCCAAAGUGGUGCCUCUUCUGGACGAGGACGGUCAAGAGCUGCUCGGAGAAAUGCUGAAGUAUGAUCCAAACAAAAGGUUGUCUGCCAAAAACGCCCUGGUCCACCGGUUCUUCCGCGACGUCAGCAUGCCGCUUCCUCAGCUGAGACUCUGAGAAAGACGUCUGACUGUUUUAAUUCCAGCCGUGCCCCAGCAAUAAGCACUCUGCCUCACCACGCUUCAGGCUCCUGACUGGCCCAGGACUGAAAAAAGUGGACACUACAGGAACGCCUCCUCAGUGCCUCAGUCAUGGUCUCGGGACGACAGAAGUCUCGAGUCUUUCUGUUUUUUCAGCCAUAAUGUAAAAUAGUUGUUUAAUUUUCUCUGUUGAUUUAUGUAUUUAUCUGUAGUUGCCGUGGACGUGCUUGUGAUUUUUGUGAAGGGCUGUAUCUGAAAGAGCCAGUCACUUCUGUUCUGUUCUCGGGAUCAAUUUAAAAGCUAUGCCGGUUCUAGGAAGUUUGGACUUAAAGAAGACGUGGCCCAACAGUUAGUUGAAAUGAUGGGUGUGUUGGGAGAAGUGCAAAUAGAGGCUGGCGAGCCGUGAGCAAAGGCUCAACAGACGGCAGCGGCUCGUGAGGCCACCAAACGUUUUCUAGUGAAGUUCUCUCACUAACUCAAACUCAGCGUUCGGGGACAGGUAUGUUGAAGUGAUUUUAUAAAUGCACCUUUAUUAUGCAUAAAUGAGAAUUUACAUCUGCCAGCAGGAGUCUCCACCAGAUGUACAAAUGUUCUUUAAGAGUCACAUUUUACAGAAUUUAAUGUACUGUUGGUUUGUUCUUACUCCAGAUUUUAUCCAAAAAUAACAGUUUUUAUAGAAAAAUAAAAACGAUUAGCUGUUUCUGACUGUGUGAUUACAUCCUGAAUGGAAUACAUGUGGCUUACAGGAGCUUUGUGGUGGGAAGUUUUCAGAUUUCUGGUCUUAGUCUGCAGGUUUCUCUCCAAAUGUAACAAUUCUGCCAAAUUCUUUGUGUGAUCAAAUACCAGCCUCAGAGCCUGUCUGGUGUUAUUAAAUCAAAUUAUUUCCACAGCUCGGUAAUCUUUGGC